GUUUUAGCGUGCAAAUGGAACGUACGUUGGAUGAUAUUGCGACAUCGAUCGAUCUUACUCCGUGGACGUCCAAGCUCAAGUCGUUCACAGCUUUCGCUGCCGACAACACCAUUCGCCACAGCAACAAUGCACAUCACUCUGUAGACCUCUCCAUUGAAGCAGCAUUCGUGGCGCUGCAGGCCAAAUUGUCUGCCGCGGGCAAAGAGUUGGUGUGGAAGGACGUGUUGCUGAACAAGUUCGAGACCUCGUUGAAGCACGCAGAGAAACGUGCAGAUUCAAACCAGGUCGAGUUGGAUCAUGCGUUCUUGGAACAUGCCAAGCAAACAAUGCUGGUGGAAUCGCUUGACUUAAAACUCCGCGAAUGCGCAGAUGCCCGCGACGCGGCAAAGUUAAUGCUCACAGACAUGCAAUCCCAACGAAGCGACAUGGUUGAUCGAUGCGCGGCCAUGGCUAGAGAUAUGUCGGUGGCUCAGAUGCUGCGCGACCAAAGUGACCGAGAGUGCCGCGAGUGGAAGGAUCGGUGUGUGCAGCUCGAGGCCGACCGGCGGGUGCAGUCGCAAGCGCUUCACGUGCAGCAUCAAGAGUCGUUUGCAUGGCAGACAAAGCAUGACAUUGUGCUGCGCCAACUGCAGAAACGAGAAGAAGAACGACGCCAACAGUUCGAGUCGAGGCAACGCCGGGUCUCACUGCAACCACCACCCCAACUUCCAACCACACACGACCAAGGCAGUCAAGUCUGCCAUGUGAAGGGUACUACCACAUGCGAUACCGGCACUCAAACCUCUACACAUGGCAGAAUCGACGACGACGAUCAAACAUGCAUGGAACUCCACCGGGCAGCGAUUGCGCAUCAGCAAGACCUGUUGACCAUAGCAUCUCAAGCAGCCCAAAUCGACGCGCUUCACGCCAACGUGCAGCACUGGGAAGAGUCAUAUCGCCGCAGCAUUCAUGCUUAUCAAGAGUUGCGGCGCAAAGCAAACACGUGGAAGGGCUGUGUUGUGACGAUGUUGCCCAUCUACCAAGACAGCGCCAGGGCUGUAAAAGCCAUGAAAGCCGCUCAAGCUGAAAUGUCCAAGGCCAAACACAUGUACGAGGUGGAAGGGCGUCGCUGGGCGACGCAGCUGAAGAACGUGGAAGAGAUGCUGCGGCAGGCUAACGACCAGCUUCAACUCGACCAGCAAAUGCUUGUCGAAAGCAAGAAAAGCUACGGUGUAGGGAGAAAGCCCUUGGACGAACGAUCAAGAGCCGAGAAACAAAGGCUCGGGAGCUGGUCGUGGCACUCCAGUCGACCCAAACCAAGUUGGACGCUAUGCAAGCGCAAUACACCAAGACAAAGGCGCUGUCCAAACAGCUGUCGGCAAGGUCGAGCCAAGUUCAUGCCGCGUGGCAACAAGAGCGGACUGAUCGCUUGCAGUAGUUCCACCCCUAAUUCCGUGGUGAAUGCUGAUGCGACUUUGUUUAAAUGUUAGAGCCAUGGACGAGAUUGAAACGUUUAGGGUAGCGCUGAUUGAAUGCUGCCAAUGCGCUGUGACGCUGCAAGACAACCCUGUCCAGAACGGGCCGUUACCUGCGAGCCAACAUCCUCCCAACAUGCCCGCAUCGACAACAACUUGGACGCUAGAACACUUGCGCGCGGUGACUGGACUUGCCGACCCCUUAGUGUAUGGCUAAUUUAAGUGCAAAACCACCACAGAGUUGUAUUCUUUCCA